CAGCAGCCUUAGAAUUUCUGGGCUCAGUUUUACUUUCCAUCUCCUACCAUGACAUCACUUCUCCACCGGAAUUUCCAUUUCUGUUCUAUGCUUUCUUUCUGGGAUCCCCCAGAUGCCCCUAUAAAAAGAGAGUCCAAGCAUGAGAGAGAGAACAGAUCUCCAGAAUCUUUCACCCUGUGCCCUGAUCCACCGGCUCCUCUCUCCUCUCAGGAUCAUGAAGGUCUCUGUGGCUGCCCUCUCCAUCCUCAUGGUCAUGGCCUUCAGCUCUUUGGUAUCCUCUGCACCAAUGGGCUCUGACCCUCCCACCUCCUGCUGCUUCUCCUAUGUCAGCCAACAGAUCCAGAGAAAAUUUGUGACAGACUAUUAUGAGACCAGCAGCCUGUGUUCCCAGCCAGCUGUGGUGUUCCUGACAAAAAGGGGCCGGCAGGUGUGCGCCAAUCCCACUGAUGCCUGGGUGCAGAGCUAUGUGGAAGACCUGGAGCUGAACUGAGGGCCUCAGAGGCCUGAAACAAGGGAUCUUUCUGGGAAAUGGACCAAGCUGAAGAAUUCCCCAGUCAGAUGCAUUCUCCCCAAAGUCCAGUUUUUUUGAGAUGCUCUCCCUCAUUAUAAUUCAUUCUUUUCUGUGAGAAUUUAUGUAAAUUAUUUGGUGCCACCUUUGGUUAUUUAUUAGUACUAUUGUUCCAUUUCUGGAAUAUACCUGUUCCCCAUGGGGACUUCUCUUGGCACCUUACGUGCUAUUAAUUAGAAUCCUGAGAUCAUUUGCUUGAUUCCAUGAACAUCUGUAGAAUAAAAAUUUGAGAGUAAAACUUUU